AUGGAAGUUGAACACAUUCACAAUAUCAAUUUGACCAAAUUACAAUUGAGUAAGCUGAAUUCACAAUUACAAUCCGUGGAGAAUAGGAUUGCAUUUUUUGCUGGUCUUGAAUUCAAUGUAGUUGAAAAACCGUUAGAUGAAAAUCCUAAAGUGAUAAUGAAUAAAGUUAUUACUAAUUUGGGUAGUGCAUAUAAUCCUGUGACUGGUGAAUUCAUUGCACCUGUCAAUGGGAUAUACAUUCUAUUCUUAGCUAUAUCAGCUCAAGGAAAAUCAAGGGCUGUUGUACGUUUAAUGCAUAAUGAUAAACAAAUAUUCGACGUUUGGUCUGAAAGUUCACCCUGGGCAACAGCAACAAAUCAAGGCAUUCUACAAAUGUAUAAAGGGGAUCGUGCAUGGUUAGCUAUUCGUGAUGGAGCUUAUUUUUUACACGGUUAUAUGUAUUCUACAUUUUCUGGAUAUUUAUUAUUUGAAAUGAAUAAUAGUAAUAAUAAUAAUAGUGAUACAAUAAAUAUGCCAUAA